AUGUCGGGCCACAAUCUAGAACAGGAAGACGUCUACGCAGAGUAUGCGCGCGAACAGCUAGCGCGCCGGGCCUUUGAGGGUCCCUCGUUGCAUUUGGCGCAAUCUCUGGUUAUGAUAUCGUUCUACGAAUGGGGCUCGGGCCGGCCUUACAAGGCGUGGAUGUACAGCGGAAUGGCAACUUACAUGAUCCAAUCGCUGCUGAAGACCGCUGAUGACAGCAUGGAACAUAAUCUGGAUGAUUUUCAAGCGUCCCAAACCCAGUAUGAGCAGUUAGUUCGGACAUACUGGUGCUGCUUUGCGCAAGAUUGUGAGCUGAGCUCAGGCGCGCGCCAGCACUUUGCUCUGUCUUUCCGCCAGAUCUCUGUCCCUCUCCCCAUAAGUGAUCAGGACUUCAAUUUUUGUCGGCGUGCAACGUCUCGACUGAUGCCAGCGAACAUGAAUCGCCAUGCGCUGCUGUCCUCGGACUUGACGAUCGACCGGGGCCUGACAAUAGUGACCCGCGGAUUUGAUAUUUUUGUUCGCAUUUUACGAUUUGCAAACGAGAGCCGCCGGGGACAGACGGCAUCGCCCGCCGCUCCCUCGGCCGCGCAUCUUACGUGGCGUAAUCUCAAGGAGGAACUCGACGAAUGGCGGGCUCUGCAAGACAUAACGGUCCGAUAUCCCGAAACAAGCGCACAGGCCCAUGUUGCGCUAGGCAUCCUUUUUCUCCACCGUGACUGUGUUCUCUCGGGGUCCAAGCCUUAUCCGGAUCGACCAUUAAACAACGUGGAAGAAACACUUUGGUGGGACGAAGUUAUUGACCAACUUUUUGAAGCUGCACAUAAUAUCGGUGGUGUUUUGUCUGCCUUGGAGGCAUCAGAAACACCCGUUAUCACUCCAUACGCAGGAUUCAGUGUCUUUGUUGCCGCCCAUAUCAAUAUGUACGGCACUGUUUCCCCACUGCGGUAUCCUGGUGGGCGGGAACGAGCGGAGCAGGAGAAAAAAGCUAAUUUCUUAUACCUGGAACGACUUUGUGAAUACUGGCCUGUGGGCCAUAGCUGGUGGCGUGCAGUACGGGAAGCAGAUAAAUUUUACCAAACGGCCAAAUGUAGCCAGAUUUCGGACGACCGUCCUAGCCACCUCACUCUCGCAGGGACUUUGGAUGAGUACGGAGAUAUUCGGUCCUCACGCCCCCGAAAUGACCUGUCUAUCUCCAUGCGAAAACCAGAGGCGAGGAUGUCUGAGGCAGUUGAAUCCGCAAACGACGAACGACGGAGCAUCCGGCCCCCUCAGGCGAGUGCGCAGUCGAGUGAUCACUCGACGAUGGACUCUCAUGACCUGGAAGCGGAAAUGCUGCAAUGGCCCUUUAUUGACGAAACGUGGUUCCACGGGUUCGACACGAAUUUUGAUGCGGCGUGGCCGAACGUGGGAUGA